AUGAACUUAAAACCGUAUCUAUUAACAUCCAUUGUAGAAUCUAAGCGUCAAGAUCAUAUAAACGUUAUCAAUGAUAGAAAAUGCAACAUAGACAUGAGAAAUCUCUUGAAUUACCUGUUGAUUGACAAAGUCAAUAACUCCACCGAACUUUACGAGGUUUUAGCUCACAAAUUUGUAUCAUUGUUGAGAGCAAAUGUCAAGCUUCUGAUUCUAGAUUCCAUAGCAUCGAUCUACCGAUUUUCAUCGAAAGAAGAAAGAUCACCUGAUGAUAAGCCAAUGAUUGAUGUAAUUUCCAUUUUGAAGCGAGUUGCACAUGAACACAAUCUGGCUGUUUUAGUGAUAAACCAGGCUACAACGGCAUUGAAUACAUACAGUGCUCCAUUUCUAAAUCCUAGAUCCAGAGUGAGACCAGCUCUUGGAGAUUUGUGGACUAAGUGCAUAAACAGUCGCAUUUUACUUUGGAUAGAUCGCAGAGAGGGAUGGAGAGAUAAAAGUAGACACUUUCAGAUUAUAUUCGGUUCAAACGCUCCAACAUCAUCUCCCAUACCAUUUAUAAUCACUAAAAGAGGAAUAGAAGUCAGAGAUAUAAUAACUAUGUUCCGGGACUGA